GCUCCGUCUUGACCUGUACAGGUGCCCGCCGCGCUCCAGAGAGUUGCUUCAGAGAAGUGAAUCUGCGAGGUGACCGGUGCGGUAACUGUGGUUGGGAUGGACUGGCGUACAAGAAAUGUGCUGAAAAGGAUAUUUUGUGUGGAAGAGUGCAGUGUGUUAAUGUUAAAAGCAUACCAGUAAAGGCAGAUGAGGAGACUACAGUCCAGACUCCCAUUAAUAAUACCAUUUGUUGGGGUAUAGACUUCCAUGUCGGGCCAGAUGUUCCUGAUGUGGGAUCGGUGAAAGACGGCACCCUGUGUGAUAAAGACCAGAUGUGUAUAAACAGAACCUGUGUCAGCACAAAUAUUCUGGAGUAUUACUGCCGUGAUGAGAAAUGCAACGGCCAAGGGAUUUGCAACAGCAACGGAAACUGCCACUGCGACUUUGGAUGGGCCCCCCCAUACUGUACAGAGAAAGGAUCUGGAGGAAGCCUUGACAGUGGACCUCCUCCAUCUACCUCUACUACAUCCUCCAAUACCUUUUUAAUAGGGAUAAUCGUAGGAAGCGUGAUUCUCCUUCUGCUUAUCACCAUUGCAGUGUGUAGUAUUGCCUGUCGCUUUCGAAGGUCUGGUCAGAAAUCACAGACAAGCAAGAAAAAAAACGAUUCUUCUGCUAGUGUAGGCAAGGGCAGUCAAAAGUAAUCAGGAGCAAUUACGUCUUUGUGCACCAAAAAGGCCAGACCAGCAUUUUGCCAACUGCUGAUGUAGCGUUUCAUAAUUUCCAGCUCCGUGGGAUUCAUCAAAAGCCUUCUUAUAUCCUCAACCCUAUCAGCGUCUGUCUAUUUUUGUUCACCGGUUAAAAUCUUGAUUUUGCUUAAAUAAAUGUGUUUUCUCCUUGUUUCUGUGUUUCUUUUUGUA